CCAAUUGGAACAGUUUCAACUGAGCUUCUCAGCUAUAAAAGGACAUUUAGCAGCAGUGGUGAAAACAAAAGAAGAGUCCAUCAUGAAGAGUCUGGUGUUUCUGCUCUUGGUGGCUUUGGCAAGUGCUAAAGUCUACCAGCGCUGCGAACUGGCCCGAAUUUUGAAGCGCAAUGGGAUGGAUGGCUACCGAGGCAACAGCCUAGCUGACUGGGUUUGUCUGGCCGAGCAUGAAUCAAGAUACAACACCAGAGCCAUCAACCGAAACACUGACGGAUCCACUGACUACGGCAUCUUCCAGAUCAACAACCGCUGGUGGUGUAGUGAUGGUCAGAUUCAAUCAUCAAAUGGGUGCAACAUCAGGUGCAGCGAACUUCAGACUGAUGAUAUCACGGUGGCGAUCAAUUGUGCAAAACGCGUCACUAGGGAUCCGAACGGCAUUGGUGCCUGGGUGGCCUGGCGCCGUUAUUGCCAGAACAGGGACCUGAGCUCCUACGUUGCUGGAUGUGGUGUUUAAUUAACAGAUGGAUGUGGGAUAUUGCAACCAGCAUGAAAAAAAUUCCACUUCACCUGCAGUAGCAAAAUGUUUCUAUUGUGUGUCUGACGUGACAGGAGUGAAACACACAGACGUACAGAAGCUUCAGGCAAUUCUUUUCAAAUAAAAUGAACUCAAAUCUUCA